CUCAAAGCUGGAGCGAAGCAGCCAAGCUAACGGCUGCACGGAUUGCCAGGGUCGGCGAUCGCAGUCCUCCCCGGAUCUCUCCACGUCCUCCCGGACGUCUCCGAAUUCCCGGCGCCGCACCGCUCCCCACCUCCGCCAGCCCGGCCCUCCAGUCGGCGUUCGCGGUCUGCCUGCGAGCUCGGCGCCCUCCCCGCGCGCAGCCCCUAGCGGCGCGUCACUGCGAGGCGGGCCUCCAGCGCACCUCCCUCGUCCUCCUCCUGCUCCUCCUCUCCAGCAAUACGGGAUCCAGCUAGGGAGGCGGGGAAGCAACCGGAGCGCGACCGCCGCGGCAGCCACCCUGCAGCCGCCGGUCGGAGGCGCGGUCCCUAGGCCCCGGUGCCCGGGCGGGUCCCUGGGGGAGUCGGCGCCGCGCCCGGAGAGCCGCCAGGCUCACCCCAGCCCGGCGUGGGGGGCGCAGAGGGUAUCUCUGGAGAUCUUGGAAGUGCUUGUAUCAUGGAAUCGAUCUCUAUGAUGGGAAGCCCUAAGAACCUUAGCGAAACUUUUUUGCCGAAUGGCAUAAAUGGUAUCAAAGAUGCAAGGAAGGUCACUGUGGGUGUAAUUGGAAGUGGGGAUUUUGCCAAAUCGCUGACGAUUCGACUUAUUAGGUGUGGCUAUCAUGUAGUUAUAGGAAGCAGAAAUCCCAAGUUUGCUUCCGAAUUUUUCCCUCAUGUGGUAGAUGUCACUCAUCACGAAGAUGCUCUCACAAAAACAAAUAUAAUAUUUGUUGCUAUACAUAGAGAACAUUACACCUCCCUUUGGGACCUCAGACAUCUGCUUGUGGGCAAAAUCCUGAUUGAUGUGAGCAAUAACAUGAGGAUAAACCAAUACCCAGAAUCCAAUGCUGAAUAUUUGGCUUCAUUAUUCCCGGAUUCCCUGAUUGUCAAAGGCUUUAAUGUUGUCUCGGCUUGGGCACUUCAGUUAGGACCCAAGGAUGCCAGCCGGCAGGUCUAUAUAUGCAGCAACAACAUUCAAGCUCGACAACAGGUUAUUGAACUUGCCCGUCAGCUGAAUUUCAUUCCUGUUGACUUGGGAUCAUUAUCAUCAGCUAGGGAGAUUGAAAAUUUACCCCUGCAACUCUUUACUCUCUGGAGAGGGCCAGUGGUGGUUGCCAUAAGCCUAGCCACGUUUUUCUUUCUUUAUUCCUUUGUCAGAGAUGUGAUUCAUCCAUACGCUAGAGACCAGCAGAGUGAUUUUUAUAAGAUUCCUAUCGAGAUUGUGAAUAAGACCUUGCCCAUAGUUGCCAUUACUUUGCUGUCCCUGGUAUACCUGGCAGGUCUCCUGGCAGCUGCUUAUCAGCUUUAUUACGGCACCAAGUAUAGGAAAUUUCCACCUUGGUUGGAGACCUGGCUACAGUGCAGAAAACAGCUUGGGUUACUAAGCUUUUUCUUCGCUUCAGUCCACGUUGCCUACAGCCUCUGCUUACCAAUGAGAAGGUCAGAGAGAUACUUGUUUCUCAACAUGGCUUAUCAGCAGGUUCAUGCAAAUAUUGAAAACUCUUGGAACGAGGAAGAAGUCUGGAGAAUUGAAAUGUAUAUCUCCUUUGGCAUAAUGAGCCUUGGCUUACUGUCCCUCCUGGCAGUCACCUCUAUCCCGUCAGUGAGCAAUGCUUUAAACUGGAGGGAAUUCAGUUUUAUUCAGUCUACCCUUGGAUAUGUCGCUCUGCUCAUUAGUACUUUCCAUGUUUUAAUUUAUGGAUGGAAACGAGCCUUUGAAGAAGAAUACUACCGGUUUUACACCCCACCCAACUUUGUUCUUGCUCUUGUUUUGCCCUCAAUUGUAAUUCUGGGUAAGAUCAUUUUACUCCUUCCAUGUAUAAGCCGAAAGCUUAAGAGAAUUAAAAAAGGCUGGGAAAAGAGCCAAUUUCUAGAAGAAGGUAUUGGAGGAGCAGUUCCUCAUCUCUCACCAGAGAGGGUUACGGUAAUGUGAUGAUAAAUGGUGCUCACUGAUACAUUAUAGAGUUCCACUCGUGCCAUUGUUUUUAUGAGUUCCUUUAUGUUCAUUUGCAAGUGCACUGUCAAAUUGAUGUGGGCUGAAAUCUGUCCAGUAAGAUCUCAACCAAAUUAGUGGUAGGAGUCUCUUGAAAUUAAUUUUCACAGAUGUUAUAUUUUGGCAAUAUGAAUUUUUGUUGUCAGCUUGUCUGUUUUGUUCUGCACAUCCACAACACUCCUAUUUUAACAAACUGUAUUCCAUAAUCAGGCAAAGAUAUUUCUGAUUAAUAAUAUAGAUACAACAUAAUGUUAAAAGAAAAACUUGCAAACCAGCAGAAAUCUUAAGUUUUAAUAUAUCUUAAUGGGUAUUUUUUUUUCCUGAAGCUUACCUAAGGUUUUAAUUGUUAAAUUAAUUUAAUUGCUCAAGAAAUAGAAAUGCAUAAUCACACAUUAAGAAGGGUCACAUUACAUUAGCAUCUCGGUAAGGGUAAAUGGUAACAUUCCUAUAUUUUUCUCAUAAGAUCAGUUUUGAAGAAUGUAAUUAAUUGUAUGAACCAGUGUAACCUGUGAACAAACACAAAUUUAAAAAAAUACAAUCUGAAAUUAUAUUUGAAAUGCAAUGGAGACGUGAAAUGCAUACUGGUAAUAGUACCUCAUGAAAGAUUUUAUUCCUUAUCUUGUUACAGAGAGGUUUCAUUUGCAUGUUAUUAGGUUGGUUAGGAAGAAGACCAUGUUAUUUGGCUUCCAAAAGUGAUUUUUCUAAUAUGGUACCAAGCCUAGAAAUCUUACAGUUGUUUCCAGUUAGAGGGAAGGAAUGAAGUCUACCCACCAAUAGUUGUUGGUCAGCUGAUCUACGUUGUUGCACGCUGGCCAGUUCCCACUCUAUCUGCUGUAAGACUUUACUGACGUUCACUGAGGGAUGUUAACAUGCCAGGCACUGUUCUAAGCAUUUUAUUUGUAUUAUCCCACGUUAAUUUUUACAACAACCCUGUAACAGAGGUAAUUAUCCCCAUUUUUCAUAUGAGAAAACUGAAGGAUAGAAAAGUAAUUUGCCCAACGUCAUGCAAUUAGUUAAGAGGCAGAGCCAGCAUUCAAGUCUAGGCAGUCCUAUUUCAGAGGCUCCCAUUUCCAGGCUGAUUGUCUCUGCUCUGUCCCCGUGUGUUACUAUCAUGAUGCCAGUCUGGAUGCUUCCUCUUUUGUCAGUAAAGGCAUUAACAUUCUUUACAGUGUGUUGUGGGUACCAAAAAUUUAUGAAAAUAAUACAGUCAUAAAUUUAUGAUAGCUUUGGGAUAAUCUACAGUUCUUUACCUUGCAAGAGGAUCUUGCCUGGGACGUGAUUCUGGAGCCCCACGGCAGUCCAUAUUAUUCCCUACG